AUGGAAUUUAAGCUAUCAGCAUCAAACGCAGCCCUCUCUGGGCUACUCUACGAUUGUUGCAACAGCGAAUCAGACCAAAUUGGUUUUUUAAUCGGCAAAACAGCUGUCACCAUGGAAGUUGUCAUUAAUGACUCACAAGAGCCAUCUUCCAAGAAAGUAGUCUCUACAGACAUUCUAUCAACUUUACCCGUUUCAGUGUUUUCGUUUUACAAUGCAGCAGGAACUAUCAUUGAAGAUCAGCUGCGGCAUCUAAUUGGGCAUUUACCGGAACAAAUUGUUGGUUGGUAUGUUUACAGAAGGAAUUCAGUAAACUCCUUAAGUUUACGAGAUUCUUUGAUCGAUCGUCAGCUAAGAAAAAUGAUUGCAGAUCGCGAUGGAAAAUUCUUCAUUGUAUGUGUUGUUUCAGAACAGAAAGACAACAAUAGUACCAUUGAAAUUGAGUAUACAUUUUAUGGACGGGACAGGACUGGCUAUGUCCCUAUCAAAGUUUUUGUUGAUAAUUUAGCUGAAAGUGGUAUUGACUUUAAAAAGUCUUCAUCGGUCGUUGAAAGAUUGGACUUGUUUCGUAAAAUCGAUCUUGAUAAGGCCUUCAAAGAUGAUAUGCCUAAAUUUAUCGAACAUUAUCAAGAGGAAGUAGGCUCCAUAUUUCAGCACCUCUCUGUUGAACUUUGUCAGUCGGAAGAGGAAAUAAUUAAGCUGAAGAGUAGAUUGAAAAAAUUGCAGCCUGAAUCAGAGAGUGACUGCCAACUUCAGCAGUUCAAUCUCUCUGUCACCAAUGCAACAGGCAACAGUCACACAAAUCAUUACCCCAUGAAUAGUGGUGAACCGUGCCAGCCAGUCAAAAAACAAGGUGAAUCCAAUGCCAUGCAAAUCGAAACGGAAAAAGAACCCUCACAAAAUUUCAGCCAAGAAUACUAA